AUGGAGGAUCAAGUCGCAAUCGAGACCACAUCAGUGUCGUCGAGCCAGCAGAACCAGACCAGCCAGAUGAGCCCACCAAGGAACCAGCAGCUUCAGCAAGCAACGAAUCUCAUCGCCAUCGACAUGAAACUCUUCAAGGAAAAGCUAGACGUGGACUGUCGUUUCGAAGUAUACAAGCAGGCAUUUCCUGAGAUGGACCCAGCCAACUUGCCUGAAAUUCUGUACCGUCCAGAUAACAAGGACGACAUCCAUAUUAUGUAUAGUACGCCAUGCAUCAAGUACGAGGGACUUCAUCCGCCUAGCAUCCUGCCACUUCCUUGUGACCUAGACAAAUUGAGGCAGGACAGUACCUCGGAAUCAGAUGAGGAAACAUCAGAUGGCGAGACAUCAGAUGAGGAAACAUCCUAUGAAAAAAUCUCCGACAAAGAGUGGAAGAAACGGAAUCUUGAGAACUGCGAUCGGUGCAUCAGCCGUAGUGAAAACCAGAUCUAUAGGAUGCUUACAUCGAAUUUCUGCAAAGAUAAGGACAUACGGAAAGAGCUACUGCAGUACUACUUCCGGUUCGUACAAUUUCAAUGGACUCAGAGUCGUGACAGAAUCGCAUUUUGUGAGCCGAGUUACUCGCAGAUCACCACAUUACCGAGGUUCUUCGAGGCGUUCCAGCCAUCUGGCUUGACUGGGCAGCUGAAGCACCUUACCCUCGACAUUCCGUGGGAAUAUACGUACUCUGCAAAAACAUCAGGGAACCGCCGCGACUGUAUACGAAGAGCACCAUUCGACGAUGAAAAGGCAUUCCAGAAGGACGCGUUGUCCAUGGGUAGAGUGUUCGGUGUUCUUCACAAAUAUAAGAUCAAAACCGAGUUGACUUUCCCGGGAACAUGGGAGU